AUCGCGUUCUUCUUUUUCUUUUGCGUGUAUAGAACAGAUUGUUCUUCUUAUCAGAAGAAAUCAAAAAGAAAUUAUUUUUUCAGAUCAGAUUUUUUACACCUUGUUACAGCAAGUAUACAACAACACAACAACAACCGAGUUUAUCCCUUGAUUUGUUAAGUUAUUAUAUAUAUAGUUCAUAUUCUUAAAGCUUAACCUUGUUAUAAAUUACAUCAAAUAACUAUUUCCUUUCAUAUCAUCACCCAACUUAUCCAUAUCAUCACCAGAUCAAACUCACUUUAUCAGUGAAAAAUUUCAUCAUGCAUACACCAACUUCUAUACAUAACUUUUUAGAUAAACAUCAUCUGGUAACUUUCCAAUUAGGUUGGUCAACUACCAUCAUUUGUUUAAGUACUUUACAAUUUGGAUUCCAUUUAGCGGAAUUAAAUGCUCCUGAAGAUAUCCUUGCUUGUAAUUUCCAUAAACCAGGUCCUUAUCCUGAUUAUAAUGAUACUUUCUGGUCUCAUCAUGGUUAUAAACAAUGUAUACCCAUGACUCAAGAAGGUGUAGCUUUAAUCACUACUAUGUUCACUAUUGGUGGUUUAAUAUCUUCCAUAAUCCUUGGUGCCACUUCCAUUAGUCAAAAAUUUGGUAGAAAAUAUAUGUGUUUAGUAAGCUCAUUAGGGUAUAUUUUAGGAUCAUUAAUUAUGACUUUAGCAAAUAAUCAAAUUCUGGUUAAUGUAGGUAGAUUCAUCAAUGGAUUUGCUGCUGGUUCAUCAUUAAUCAUGUCCCCAAUAUUAAUCAAUGAAUUAACUCCUAUCAAUCAUCGUGGUUUAUUAGGUUCUUUAUUACAAUUAGCUGUUACUAUUGGGAUUUUCUUAUCUCAAAUUAUAAGUUAUUUCUUUUCCAAUGAUCAACAAUGGAGAUUUAUAUUUUUAUGUGCCACAGGAUUAGGAUUAAUUCAAUUCUUAACUUUAUUCACGGUAUCAGAAUCUCCAAAAUGGAUGAUUAUGCAAGGUCAUGAUGUGAAAUCAGCUACUAAUAUCUUACAUGGUUUAAGAUCAGAUAAAUCAACUGUCCAUUAUGAAAUCAAUCAUUGGAGACAAUUAUCCAUCAAUGAACAGAAUAGAAAAUCAGAAUCGGUUGAUGAUACUUCUGCUUUAUUAUCAGAAAGUGAUAGUUAUGAUUCAUUAAUUUUACCCUUAGUUAACCAAAGAAAUAAUAAUAAUUCAAGAUCAACCGCCAUGGCUAGAAAAGGUUCAAUUGAUCCAUCAACCGUCACCACUAGAGAAUUCAUGUUUUCAAAAAAAUAUAGAAAUCAAUUCGUCGCUGUUAUUUUAUUAAUGACAGCUCAACAAUUAGUGGGUAUGAAUGCCAUCACCUAUUAUGGAGUUAAAAUCCUUAAUGAUUUAUUUGGAAAUCAUCAUGAAACAGAUGGUGAUCAAGUAUUAAUCUUAUCAUGUUCAUUCUCAUUCGUUAAUGUUCUCAGUGCCAUUGCUAUUUCUCCCUUGAUUGAUAGAUUAGGAAGAAGACCCUUGAUCUUAUUAUCAAUCUUUAUAUGUAGUAUUUGUUCAUUGGUGAUUGGAGUAGGGAUUAUAAAUCAAUAUGAUGUAGCUGUCAUCACUGCUUGUUUUGGAUUCAUCAUUGGAUUUUCAAUCGGAUUAGGUCCAAUUCCAUUCCUUAUGAUCUCAGAAUUAUCAGGUCAUGAAGUAGUUUCAAUCGCUCAAUCAGUAGGUACAAGUACAAAUUGGUUAGCUAAUAUUUUAAUUGCAUUUGGAUUCCCCAUAUUACAAAAUUCAAUUGGUGGAUCCGUUUUCUUUAUUUUCUUGGUUAAUAGUAUCGGAUACUUAUUUGCUAUUUGGUAUUACGUACCUGAAACUAAAGGAUAUAAUUCUGUUCAAGAUGUAUGGGAUAAUUUCACUUAAGAAAUAUAGAAGUUUAUGUAGACAAAAGUAGAGAAAAUAUUUUAUAUAGAUUAUAUAGAACGUAAAAAUAAACUUAUUUAUUAACAAUAAAC